AUGGAUCGUCUUGUUGAUGCACUGCUCGCUAUCCGAGAAGAGAUCGCCAUGAUUGAACGAGGCGAGCUGGACAGGGAACGAAAUCCAUUAAAGGUAAUUUUGGAUACAUCUUGAAA